AUGGCUAUCAUCGACGCGAACAAUACAACAACCGUAAUCAACGUCUUGCGUACACAUUUGGAUGUAUUACGGGCUCAUCAAAAAAUCAAAUAUCCUCAACAUAAUUACAUCACCUGGCCUAUGAUAUUAAAAUUGGUGCAAGAUAUCAAUCAAUAUUAUACUUGUGGAAUAACCAAUGUCGAGGAUGUAGCAUCGACAGUUGCUGGUGUUGGGGGUGGCAAUCAUCAACAACAAUUACAACGAUCCGAACAGUAUAUGUUGGAUCUAUUGGCAAAAGUCGAUCCAGUGAAAAAUUCUAUCUUGACUCAUCUGAAUAUAAGGCCCUAG